AUCCCAAUGGCCCAACUCGCAGUAGUUCCCCACGAGACGACGUGAAAGUGACAACUCAGCCAAACAACGGAUCCCACAAAUUUGCGCUUUGCACAACAUUAGUCAAGAGUUCGAGAAACAAGUUUUCUUUUCCCCACAAAACAAAACAAAAUAAAUUGUGUUAAGUUUUUUUUUACUUGAAAUAAGAUCGCAAUAGUAAUCGCCAAUCUAAAAUAAAAAACGACAUAAAUUAGCCCACAAUGACAGCAUUUAGCAAAAAAGUACUAAUCUGCAUUUUGUUCGGUGUAUUCGUAUUGCUGCAAAACACCAUGGCUCAAAGACCCCCCUUUGCUGGUAGCCGCCCUCCAAACGGCCUGAAUCAGAAGGAUAAAUAUAACAACAACGUAGUGGUGGUGACACAACCAGAAAUCCAAGAUCGUUUUGGAGAAGGCGAAGCUCCCAUCAGCAAUCAAAUACCCUAUGGCCAGCCGCAAAGACCUCCAACAGGGUUUGUGGUAACUCCCGUAUCGGUGUACACACCCAUCAAUAGACCAUCAACAUCGACAAGUGGUUCGAGUGGAAGUGGAUUUUCUGCGGCAGCAACACCAAAUGCCGAAAAUGCAGGUGCAGUCUCAUUUGCCGAUCGCUUUGGCGAAACAGAUGGCUCAAAUGCGAUCUCCGGUUCUGCAUCAACCACUUCCACCACCCCAAAUCCCGUGCACCCUCUGGAUGCGCAUGGCGAUCAGGAAUUGAUCAACAAACUAAGCAAACUGCCCUUGGACCAGCAACCAUUCUGGUUUGUUAACCACAAAGCCAUUGAAGCUCAGCGCAAUUCAACGGUAGCGAAUAUAGCCCCCGUGCAAUCGUCCAGAGGAUCAUUCGGUGGUUGAUUUGUUUUAUUUCAGUCAAUCACUUUUGUUUGAUUGUUUGUUUUUUUUUGUGAUUAGUGAUAAGCUUUAAUUGUUAAGUUGACAUAUGAUCACCUGAGGAGAGUCGCGAGAGAGAAGGCGGUGCGCGAAAAUCAUUUUAAAAAUGAAUUUAUUAUUAUUAUUAUUAUUGUUUAGCAUAGGAUAAUUUAAUAAUAUAUGUAUGUACGUAUGUAACUCUAUAUAUGUAUGUAUUUAUUUAAAUAAUAAAUCAAACAAAAGCCAGACAACAGAUACAACAGAUUUAA